ACAAGCGGCCCCUCCGGUGGCUUCUCAUUCAUUGUUGAUUGAUUGAUCCUCCCCGCCUCACUCCUUUGUCUCCUCGCCUCGUGCUCGCUCGCUCCCCUCGCCCUGGCGAGGAGGGCAGCAGAAACCCUAGCGGCUCAGGCCGGGCGGGGGUUAGAUGCUCCAAGGUUCGAGAGGGAAGGGUAGGUUAGUGGUGCGCCAUCGACUAUGGGCUGCGUCUUCGGCCGGGCGGCUGCGUCGUCCUCUGCAGCGCCGAAGAAGAAGUGGGGCAAGGGGAGGUCGUCCCCGCAGCCCGAAGCGGGGUCGCCCUCCGCAGUCGCCGCCACCGACGGGGACGGGAGGCCGCGGCGGCGGCUCGGGGGCCGCAGGGCGUCGGGACCCAGGCAGGGUUGCGUCCCCGCUGCUGCCGCGGCGGAGCAGCUCGCCGCCGGUUGGCCACCGUGGCUCGUCGCAGUCGCCGGGGAGGCCCUCCGCGGCUGGGCGCCGCGCCGCGCCGACACGUUCGAGAAGCUUAAUAAGAUAGGAUCGGGCACGUACAGCAACGUGUACCGGGCGAGGGACACCGUCUCUGGCCGGAUCGUCGCUCUUAAAAAGGUCCGCUUCGAUAACCUCGAGCCAGAAAGCGUCAAGUUUAUGGCCCGGGAAAUACUGAUCCUAAGGAGACUCGACCACCCCAACAUCAUCAAAUUAGAGGGCUUGGUCACCUCCAGGAUGUCAUGCAGCCUUUACCUUGUCUUCGAGUACAUGGAGCAUGAUCUUGCUGGUCUUGCGGCAAGUUGUGAUGUCAAGUUCACGUUGCCUCAGAUAAAAUGUUACAUACAGCAGCUGUUGUCAGGGCUUGAGCAUUGUCAUGACAAUAAUGUAUUGCACCGGGAUAUCAAGGGGUCAAACUUGUUGUUGGAUAAUAAUGGGAUUCUUAAGAUUGCGGAUUUUGGGCUGGCAACAUUCUUUGAUCCACGACAUAAACGACCAAUGACGAGCCGAGUGGUCACGCUAUGGUACCGUCCACCAGAAUUGUUACUUGGUGCCACUGAGUAUAGUGUAGGUGUUGAUUUGUGGAGUGCUGGAUGCAUUCUUGCAGAGCUCCUGUAUGGAAAGCCCAUAAUGCCUGGGCGCACUGAGGUGGAACAGUUGCACAAGAUUUUCAAGCUAUGUGGUUCCCCUUCUGAGGAGUACUGGAAGAAGUCUAAAUUGCCACACGCAACAAUAUUCAAACCUCAACAACCCUAUAAACGUUGCAUCAGGGAGACAUUUAAAGAUUUUCCUACAUCGGCUCUGCCAUUGGUUGAAACUCUGCUUGCAAUUGAUCCAGCUGAGCGACAAACUGCCUCAGCUGCAUUACACAGUGAUUUUUUUUCAACCGAGCCUUAUGCUUGUAACCCUUCAAGUCUGCCAACAUAUCCACCAAGCAAGGAGAUGGAUGCCAAGUUAAGAGACGAGGAGGCUAGAAGACUACGAGCGGCUGCAAAGGCCAAGGGAGAACAGAAAAGGACUCGACCACGUGAUCGAUCUCGGAGGGCUGGACCAGCACCAGAAGCUAAUGCAGAGAUUCAAGCAAACUUAGACCAGAGGCGACGAAUGAUAACUCAUGCAAAUGCAAAGAGUAAAAGUGAGAAGUUUCCUCCUCCGCAUCAGGAUGGAGGUACGGGUAAUCCGCUUGGAUCCUAUCAUCAUAUGGAGCCUAUGUUCGAGCACCAGGAUGCUUCCUUCAGUACAGUAGUCCCCAUAGAGAAGGGGACCUCACAAACAUGGUCCGGGCCGUUGUUUGAUCCAGCAGCUCUCGGGCAGUCGAGGCGGAAGAAGCAAACUACCCUAGAUGCUAAGGCUGCUGCUUACUCAAAGCAGCUCCAAAAGGAAAAGGGAGGGAUACGAGCCCGAUAACAAAAUGUCGUUUUCCUGGUGAGCAUGUGGAGGGACCGUGGGAAAGGUUCAUCGCCUACGGAUGAAUUUUCUUGUUUUGUUCCUCUGGUGGUUGGAAACAGGCAACAAUGCGCUGCUGUAGGGUGAAGUCUUCCGGAUUGUGUACAUGUCAUGUGGUAGCGUUUCCAAGUACUGUUUAGAUGCUUCUGAACAAGCUGCCGUCACCCGGACGGGACUUUAGGGGUUUGAGACUCGUAUUUGUGCUCUUUAUGGCAAUUCAGUUGCCCAUGUGUAUAUAUGGAGCAAUUCUUUCUUGUGUAUGUACAGAGACGGCGGUAGCUUUGAUUUCUUAAUAAUGAAUCAAGUGUGAUGGCGACCUUCCUCACGUAA